AUGUCGAUCCGGCGCCAGUCGUGCGACAGCUGCUUCGCCUCCCGCCGAAAAUGUGAUCUCACAUACCCAAUCUGCAUUCGCUGUGAGCGCAACAACAAGAGCUGCCAGUACAAGUAUCCACCGCAGCUGCUCAAGGAGCGCAUCGCCGUCGACGCUACCGCCACAGUACCUGCUACUCAAUCCACCCGACAAGUGAAGCGGAAAUUCAGCCAUGUCGAUGCUUCAUCGCGGCACACGACAGGCCCCGUGGCCCCGACGCCCAGCAGUCCGCGAUGGACGGGCCCCCGGGCCCCCCCCCCGCCGAUAGCAGCCUCAAAGUCGUGGAACUGGGUGCUCAACCAGAUCCGCAGCUGUCCGCAAAACUUUGCAGAGCGCGCAGAAACAAUCUUCAUCCACAAGGGCCUCUACACCGACAACAAGCCCCCGCCGCCGCUCCGCGCAGCCUUUGGUAUCUGCGCCGGCGCCCUGUCGGCGAACCAGGUCAGCCACCAGACGCUCUUCCGCGUCCUGGACUCCGAGGUCGUCGCCCUCAUCAGGUCGUCUCUGGCGGGCUCCCUGCAGGAGGAGCUGCACAAGCUGCAGGCCGUGGUGCUGUAUCAAAUCAUCCGCCUCUUCUACGGCCGGGUUGGCGAGCGCGUGCUCGCCGAACGCCAGGAGUACUUUGUCCGCUCCUACGCCCUCAAGCUGCUGCACUUGUCUGACACGGAGCUACGCAGUGGCCCUCGCACAUGGGCGGCGUGGAUCCUCGCCGAAAGCAUCCGGCGGACAGUCUACAUUGCGUUCAAGCUGUACACGUCGUACGCCAUGUCGAGGUACGGCCAGUGCUCGGAGAUGCAGGCCAUGAACAUGCUGCCUAUUUCUACCAACUCGCGACUGUGGUACUCGAGCGAAGAGCGUGGGUUUCAGCCUCCGGACCGAGACGAGGUCAUGACGUACAAGGACUUUGCCGAGUUUUAUGCAAGGACGCUGAGGAGAGUGCAUGAGCCGUUUGAGAGAUUAAUUAUUGUGGGGUGCAAACGACGCAUAGAGCAGGUUGAUGGGAUUGUUUGUCCGCGGAGCAGAGCGGAGGAGGUUGUUUGA